GAAGGGAAGGACAAAGGCGGCUGAAGUACCUGAUGUAACUUUCUCUUGCCCCAAGUUUCCAGCUUUCAAAAAAACAAAGACAUACAAACUGGACAGAUCACACAGCCUAUCAGAAACGGAGGAAUGUGAACAACAUGAUGUAAUUGCAACAAGCACAGAUAUAGAGUCCCAUUUAAAAACAGCAGAAACCCCUCAAAAGCUAAAAAAACGUAGAAGAAAAAUAAAACUUCCACAUAUUGGUGGAGGAGGAAUUAAAAUGGGGAAAACAGAAAACUCUGAGCAAGGAAGACAAGAACCGUCACCAGGCAGCAAGGAGUCAUCAACUUUGAAAUAUGAGAAAUUCAAAACACAUGCAGAUAGUAUGCCACAAAGCACAAAUGGCACCACAAAAACAACAAUAAAGCAAUCUGAUUCAAAGCUGGAGAAUCAGAACAAUGCAAUGGAACCGGACAAUAUUAAUAUAGACUCCAAACUGAAAAUGCCAAAACUGAAAAUAGCAAAAUUUAUCCUUUCAGAACCAAUUCAACCCACAAUUGAUAUUGAAACAAAAUUACCAGAUGAACAAUCACACUUGCCAACAUCAGCUACAAACAUGGAACAGCAGAAAAUUGAAAUUGAUGAUUCAAAAAAAGACAGUAACACACAAUCAGGUAUUCUGACCAAUGCUUCAGAAGGUAAAAUGAAAACAGGCAGUGGACUAUCCGAACCUAAGUUACAAGUAAGGAAGGAAUAUGAUAAAAUAACUGUCCAACAAAGGCAACAGGUUGUCUCACAUGAAGAACCUAGUAGCGGACAUGUAAAAGCUGAUGUUAUAUUGCCAUUAGAUGAGGAACAAAAAUCAAGUACGAGCAAACAGGUUGCUGAGAAACCUCUUCCAAAAUCUGAGAAAAAAACAAAGAAAUCCAAGACAGAUAAGCAAGGAAAAAUCAGAAAAACCAAAACUAAGGAAGACAAAGAUAAGGCUUCUGGGCAAGAAAGUAAGUCUUCAACACUUGCAAUAGAUGUUAGCUUAAUGAAGAUUGAUGCCAAAGGUACAAACACUGAUAGAGAUAUCACAGAACAAGGAGGAGAAGUGCUACCAGGCAGGUUACUGGGUAAUCUCACAACAACAUUCACUGAGCCAGAAGAGGCAGACUCAACCUUGGAGAACAACAAAAGGCAGCAGGCAAUUGAAAGUUCGGGCAUGAAAUAUCAAGCACUUCAGAGGGAGCAAGAAUGUGAUUCAUAUCCACCAAAAACUGAGGAAAAUAUGGAAAUUGAUGUUAAAGGGGGAAAAAUAAAACUGCCCAAAUUCAAAACUACCAAAUUUGGAUUUUCCACUCCCGAUAUAAAAGCUCCAAAAGUGGACCAGGAUGUCAAUCUCCCCAAAGUUAAUGUCUCACUAGAGAAACCUGAGGGGGAUAUCAAAGUACCGAGUGUUGAUGUCACUGCAGGCAAGAUAGAAAGUGAACUUAGUCUUGGGAAGAUCGACAUCAAAGGCCUUGAUCUCGGUCGAAAACAGGCUGAAGUGGGAAAACCAAAAUUCGAUGUUGAAAUGCCAAAACGGAAAGGGAAGUUGGAUGUCGAUGUGUCCAUGCCUAAAACUGAAAUUGAUGUUUCAGCUCCAGGAAUGCUUGUGGACAUUAAACCUCCAUCAGAUGACAUGGAUGUGCCAGCAGUUGAUGUCAAUUUAGAUUCAGCAGAUCUAAAGUUGAAAGGCGAGGGUGCAAAGUUAAAAAUGCCAUACAUGAAAAUGCCAUCAUUUGGUAUUUCUCUUCCAAAGUUCAAAGGACCUGAAGUUGAUGUGAAUGUGAGCAAAGCAGAUGUUGAUAUUUCAGUAGAUAAACCUGAAAUAGACGUUAAAUGUCCUAAAAUUGACGUAGAAACACCAAAACUAGAAGGUGAUCUGCCGGCACCGGAUGUUGACAUUGAAGUUAAAGGUGGUAAAAUGAAACUGCCCAAAUUCAAACCUCCAAAAUUUGGAUUGUCCACUCCCGAUAUAAAAGCUCCAAAAGUGGACGUAGAUAUAAAUCUCCCGAAAGCUGAUGUCUCACUCGAGAAACCUGAUGUGGAUAUCAAAGUACCGACUGUUGAUAUCACGGCAGGCAAGAUGGAAGGUGAUCUUAGUCUUGGGAAGAUUGACAUCAAAGGUCCUGAUGUCGGUCUAAAACUGCCUGAAGUGGACAAACCAAAAGUCGAUGUUGAAAUGCCAAAAGUGAAAGGGAAGUUGGAUGUCGAUGUGUCCGUGCCUCAACCUGAAAUUGAUGUUUCAGCUCCAGGAAUGUCUGUGGACAUUAAACCUCCAUCAGCUGAUAUUGAUGUGCCAGCAGUUGAUGUCGAUUUAGAUUCAGCAGAUCUGAAGUUGAAAGGUGAGGGAGCAAAGUACAAAAUGCCAUCCAUGAAAAUACCAUCAUUUGGUAUUUCUCCUCCAAAGUUCAAAGGACCGGAUGUUGAUGUGAAUGUGAGCAAGCCAGAUGUUGAUAUUACAGUUGAAAAACCAGAGAUCGACAUUAAAGGUCCUAAAAUUGAUGUAAAAACACCAAAACUAGAAGGUGAUCUGCAGGCACCGGAUGUUGACAUUGAAGUUAAAGGUGGUAAAAUGAAACUGCCCAAAUUCAAACCUCCAAAAUUUGGACUUUCCACUCCCGAUAUAAAAGCUCCAAAGGUGGACCUAGAUAUAAAUCUCCCGAAAGCUGAUGUCUCACUAGAGAAACCUGAUAUGCAUAUCAAAGUACCGACUGUUGAUAUCACGGCAGGCAAGAUGGAAGGUGAUCUUAGUCUUGGGAAGAUUGACAUCAAAGGUCCUGAUGUCGGUCUAAAACUGCCUGAAGUGGACAAACCAAAAGUCGAUGCUGAAAUGCCAAAAGUGAAAGGGAAGUUGGAUGUUGAUGUGUCCGUGCCUCAACCUGAAAUAGAUGUUUCAGCUCCAGGAAUGUCUGUGGACAUUAAACCUCCAUCAGCUGAUAUUGAUGUGCCAGCAGUUGAUGUUGAUUUAGAUUCAGCAGAUCUGAAGUUGAAAGGUGAGGGAGCAAAGUUCAAAAUGCCAUCCAUGAAAAUACCAUCAUUUGGUAUUUCUCUUCCAAAGUUCAAAGGACCGGAUGUUGAUGUGAAUGUGAGCAAGCCAGAUGUUGAUAUUACAGUUGAAAAACCAGAUAUAGACAUUAAAGGUCCUAAAAUUGAUGUAAAAACACCAAAACUAGAAAGUGAUCUGCAGGCACCGGAUGUUGACAUUGAAGUUAAAGGUGGUAAAAUGAAACUGCCCAAAUUCAAAACUCCCAAAUUCGGAUUGUCCACUCCUGAUAUAAAAGCUCCAAAUGUGGACUUAGACAUGAAUCUUCCCACAGCUGAAAUCUCACUCGAGAAACCUGAUGUGGAUAUUAAAGUACCGAGUAUUGACAUCAAAGGUCCUGAUGUCGGUCUAAAACUGCCUGAAGUGGAAAGACCAAAAGUCGAUGUUGAAAUGCCAAAAGUGAAAGGGAAGUUGGAUGUCGAUGUGUCCCUGCCUAAAACUGAAAUUGAUGUUUCAGCUCCAGGAAUGUCUGUGGACAUUAAACCUCCAUCAGCUGACAUUGAUGUGCCAGCAGUUGAUGUUGAUUUAGAUUCAGCAGAUCUGAAGUUGAAAGGUGAGGGAGCAAAUUUCAAAAUGCCAUCCAUGAAAAUACCAUCAUUUGGUAUUUCUCUUCCAAAGUUCAAAGGGCCUGAAAUUAAUGUGAGUACGAGCAAGCCAGAUGUUGAUAUUUCAGUUGAAAAACCAGAGAUCGACAUUAAAGGUCCUAAAAUUGAUGUAAAAGCACCAAACCUAGAAGGUGAUCUGCAGGCACCGGAUGUUGACAUUGAAGUUCAAGAUGGAAAAAUGAAACUGCCCAAAUUCAAACCUCCAAAAUUUGGAUUUUCAACUCCCGAUAUGAAAGCUCCAAAAGUGGACCUAGAUAUAAAUCUCCCGAAAGCUCUAGUCUCACUAGAAAAACCUGACGUGGAUAUCAAAGUACCAAGUGUUGACGUCACUGCAGGCAAGAUGGAAGGUGAUCUUAGUGUAGGGAAGAUUGACAUCAAAGGUCCUGAUGUCGGUCUAAAACUGCCUGAAGUGGACAAACCAAAAGUCGAUGUUGAAAUGCCAAAAGUGAAAGGGAUGUUGGAUGUCGAUGUGUCCAUGCCUCAAACUGAAAUUGAUGUUUCAGCUCCAGGAAUGUCUGUGGACAUUAAACCUCCAUCAGCUGACAUUGAUGUGCCAGCAGCUGAUGUCGAUUUAGCCUCAGAAGAUCUGAAUUUGAAAGGUGAGGGAGCAAAGUUCAAAAUGCCAUCCAUGAAAAUACCAUCAUUUGGUAUUUCUCUUCCAAAGUUCAAAGGACCGGACGUUGAUGUGAAUGUGAGCAAGCCAGAUGUUGAUAUUACAGUGGAAAAACCAGAUAUAGACAUUAAAGGUCCUAAAAUUGAUGUAAAAACACCAAAACUUGAAGGUGAUCUACAGGCACUGGAUGUUGACAUUGAAGUUACAGGUGGUAAAAUGAAAAUGCCCAAAUUCAAAGCUCCAAAAUUUGGAUUUCCCACUCCCGAUAUAAAAGCUCCAAAAGUGGACGUAGAUAUAAAUCUCCCGAAAGCUGAUGUCUCACUAGAGAAACCUGACAUUGAUAUCAAAGUACCGAGUGUUGACGUCUCUGCAGGCAAGAUGGAAGGUGAUCUUAGUGUAGGGAAGAUCGACAUCAAAGGUCCUGAUAUCGGUCUAAAACUGCCUGAAGUGAAAAAACCAAAAGUUGACGUUGAAAUGCCAAAAGUGAAAGGGAAGUUGGAUGUCGAUGUGUCCCUGCCUCAACCUGAAAUUGAUGUUUCAGCUCCAGGAAUGUCUGUGGACAUUAAACCUCCAUCAGCUGACAUUGAUGUGCCAGCAGUUGAUGUUGAUUUAGAUUCAGCAGAUCUGAAGUUGAAAGGUGAGGGAGCAAAGUUCAAAAUGCCAUCCAUGAAAUUACCAUCAUUUGGUAUUUCUCUUCCAAAGUUCAAAGGACCUGAUGUUGAUGUGAAUGUGAGCAAGCCAGAUGUUGAUAUUACAGUUGAAAAACCAGAGAUAGACAUUAAAGGUCCUAAAAUUGAUGUAAAAACACCAAAACUAGAAGGUGAUCUGCAGGCACCGGAUGUUGACAUUGAAGUUAAAGGUGGUAAAAUGAAAAUGCCCAAAUUCAAAGCUCCAAAAUUUGGAUUUCCCACUCCCGAUAUAAAAGCUCCAAAAGUGGACCUAGAUAUAAAUCUCCCGAAAGCUGAUGUCUCAUUAGAGAAACCUGACGUUGAUAUCAAAGUACCGAGUGUUGACGUCUCAGCAGGCAAGAUGGAAGGUGAUCUUAGUGUAGGGAAGAUCGACAUCAAAGGUCCUGAUGUCGGUCUAAAACUGCCUGAAGUGAAAAAACCAAAAGUCGAUGUUGAAAUGCCAAAAGUGAAAGGGAAGUUGGAUGUCGAUGUGUCCGUGCCUCAACCUGAAAUUGAUGUUUCAGCUCCAGGAAUGUCUGUGGACAUUAAACCUCCAUCAGCUGACAUUGAUGUGCCAGCAGUUGAUGUUGAUUUAGAUUCAGCAGAUCUGAAGUUGAAAGGUGAGGGAGCAAAGUUCAAAAUGCCAUCCAUGAAAUUACCAUCAUUUGGUAUUUCUCUUCCAAAGUUCAAAGGACCGGAUGUUGAUGUGAAUGUGAGCAAGCCAGAUGUUGAUAUUACAGUUGAAAAACCAGAUAUAGACAUUAAAGGUCCUAAAAUGGAUUUAAAAACACCAAAACUAGAAGGUGAUCUGCGGGAACCGGAUGUUGACAUUGAAGUUAAAGGUGGUAAAAUGAAAAUGCCCAAAUUCAAAGCUCCAAAAUUUGGAUUUUCCACUCCCGAUAUAAAAGCUCCAAAAGUGGACCUAGAUAUAAAUCUCCCGAAAGCUGAUGUCUCACUAGAGAAACCUGACGUGGAUAUCAAAGUACCAAGUGUUGACGUCACUGCAGGCAAGAUGGAAGGUGAUCUUAGUGUAGGGAAGAUUGACAUUCAAGGUCCUGAUAUCGGUCUAAAAUUGCCUGAAGUGGACAAACCAAAAGUCGAUGUUGAAAUGCCAAAAGUGAAAGGGAUGUUGGAUGUCGAUGUGUCCCUGCCUCAACCUGAAAUUGAUGUUUCAGCUCCAGGAAUGUCAGUGGACAUUAAACCUCCAUCAGCUGACUUUGAUGUGCCAGCAGUUGAUGUUGAUUUAGAUUCAGCAGAUCUGAAGUUGAAAGGUGAGGGAGCAAAGUUCAAAAUGCCAUCCAUGAAAAUACCAUCAUUUGGUAUUUCUCUUCCAAAGUUCAAAGGACCGGAUGUUGAUGUGAAUGUGAGCAAGCCAGAUGUUGAUAUUACAGUUGAAAAACCAGAGAUAGACAUUAAAGGUCCUAAAAUUGAUGUAAAAACACCAAAACUAGAAAGUGAUCUGCAGGCACCGGAUGUUGACAUUGAAGUUAAAGGUGGUAAAAUGAAACUGCCCAAAUUCAAAACUCCCAAAUUCGAAUUGUCCACUCCCGAUAUAAAAGCUCCAAAUGUGAACCUAGACAUAAAUCUUCCCAAAGCUGAUGUCUCACUCGAGAAACCUGAUGUGGAUAUCAAAGUACCGAGUGUUGAUGUCUCAGCAGGCAAGAUGGAAGGUGAUCUUAGUCUUGGGAAGAUCGGCAUCAAAGGUCCUGAUGUCGGUCUAAAACUGCCUGAAGUGGAAAAACCAAAAGUCGAUGUUGAAAUGCCAAAAGUGAAAGGGAAGUUGGAUGUCGAUAUGUCCAUGCCUAAAACUGAAAUUGAUGUUUCAGCUCCAGGAAUGUCAGUGGACAUUAAACCUCCAUCAGCUGACAUUGAUGUGCCAGCAGUUGAUGUUGAUUUAGAUUCAGCAGAUCUGAAGUUGAAAGGUGAGGGAGCAAAGUUCAAAAUGCCAUCCAUGAAAAUACCAUCAUUUGGUAUUUCUCUUCCAAAGUUCAAAGGACCGGAUGUUGAUGUGAAUGUGAGCAAGCCAGAUGUUGAUAUUACAGUUGAAAAACCAGAUAUAGACAUUAAAGGUCCUAAAAUUGAUGUAAAAACACCAAAACUAGAAGGUGAUCUGCAGGCACCGGAUGUUGACAUUGAAGUUAAAGGUGGUAAAAUGAAACUGCCCAAAUUCAAAGCUCCAAAAUUUGGAUUUUCCACUACCGAUAUAAAAGCUCCAAAAGUGGACCUAGAUAUAAAUCUCCUGAAAGCUGAUGUCUCACUAGAGAAACCUGAGGUUGAUAUCAAAGUACCGAGUGUUGACGUCUCAGCAGGUAAGAUGGAAGGUGAUCUUAGUCUUGGGAAGAUCGACAUCAAAGGUCCUGAUAUCGGUCUAAAACUGCCUGAAGUGAAAAAACCAAAAGUCGAUGUUGAAAUGCCAAAAGUGAAAGGGAUGUUGGAUGUCGAUGUGUCCGUGCCUCAACCUGAAAUUGAUGUUUCAGCUCCAGGAAUGUCUGUGGACAUUAAACCUCCAUCAGCUGAUAUUGAUGUGCCAGCAGUUGAUGUUGAUUUAGAUUCAGCAGAUCUGAAGUUGAAAGGUGAGGGAGCAAAGUUCAAAAUGCCAUCCAUGAAAUUACCAUCAUUUGGUAUUUCUCUUCCAAAGUUCAAAGGACCGGAUGUUGAUGUGAAUGUGAGCAAGCCAGAUGUUGAUAUUACAGUUGAAAAACCAGAUAUAGACAUUAAAGGUCCUAAAAUGGAUUUAAAAACACCAAAACCAGAAGGUGAUCUGCAGGCACCGGAUGUUGACAUUGAAGUUAAAGGUGGUAAAAUGAAAAUGCCCAAAUUCAAACCUCCAAAAUUUGGAUUUUCCUCUCCCGAUAUAAAAGCUCCAAAAGUGGACCUAGAUAUAAAUCUCCCGACAGCUGAUGUCUCACUAGAGAAACCUGACGUGGAUAUCAAAGUACCAAGUGUUGACGUCACUGCAGGCAAGAUGGAAGGUGAUCUUAGUGUAGGGAAGAUUGACAUCAAAGGUCCUGAUAUCGGUCUAAAACUGCCUGAAGUGGACAAACCAAAAGUCGAUGUUGAAAUGCCAAAAGUGAAAGGGAAGUUGGAUGUCGAUGUGUCCGUGCCUCAACCUGAAAUUGAUGUUUCAGCUCCAGGAAUGUCUGUGGACAUUAAACCUCCAUCAGCUGAUAUUGAUGUGCCAGCUGUUGAUGUUGAUUUAGAUUCAGCAGAUCUGAAGUUGAAAGGUGAGGGAGCAAAGUUCAAAAUGCCAUCCAUGAAAUUACCAUCAUUUGGUAUUUCUCUUCCAAAGUUCAAAGGACCGGAUGUUGAUGUGAAUGUGAGCAAGCCAGAUGUUGAUAUUACAGUUGAAAAACCAGAGAUAGACAUUAAAGGUCCAAAAAUUGAUGUAAAAACACCAAAACUAGAAAGUGAUCUGCAGGCACCGGAUGUUGACAUUGAAGUUAAAGGUGGUAAAAUGAAACUGCCCAAAUUCAAAACUCCCAAAUUCGAAUUGUCCACUCCCGAUAUAAAAGCUCCAAAUGUGAACCUAGACAUAAAUCUUCCCAAAGCUGAUGUCUCACUCGAGAAACCUGAUGUGGAUAUCAAAGUACCGAGUGUUGAUGUCUCAGCAGGCAAGAUGGAAGGUGAUCUUAGUCUUGGGAAGAUCGGCAUCAAAGGUCCUGAUGUCGGUCUAAAACUGCCUGAAGUGGAAAAACCAAAAGUCGAUGUUGAAAUGCCAAAAGUGAAAGGGAAGUUGGAUGUCGAUAUGUCCAUGCCUAAAACUGAAAUAGAUGUUUCAGCUCCAGGAAUGUCAGUGGACAUUAAACCUCCAUCAGCUGACAUUGAUGUGCCAGCAGCUGAUGUCGAUUUAGAUUCAGCAGAUCUGAAGUUGAAAGGUAAGGGAGCAAAGUUCAAAAUGCCAUCCAUGAAAUUACCAUCAUUUGGUAUUUCUCUUCCAAAGUUCAAAGGACCGGAUGUUGAUGUGAAUGUGAGCGAGCCAGAUGUUGAUAUUACAGUUGGAAAACCAGAGAUAGACAUUAAAGGUCCUAAAAUUGAUGUAAAAACAUCAAAACUAGAAGGUGAUCUGCAGGCACUGGAUGUUGACAUUGAAGUUAAAGGUGGUAAAAUGAAAAUGCCCAAAUUCAAAGCUCCAAAAUUUGGAUUUUCCACUCCCGAUAUAAAAGCUCCAAACGUGGAUCUAGAUAUAAAUCUCCCGAAAGCUGAUGUCUCACUAGAGAAACCUGACGUGGAUAUCAAAGUUCCGAGUGUUGACGUCUCAGCAGGCAAGAUGGAAGGUGAUCUUAGUGUAGGGAAGAUCGACAUCAAAGGUCCUGAUGUCGGUCUAAAACUGCCUGAAGUGAAAAAACCAAAAGUCGAUGUUGAAAUGCCAAAAGUGAAAGGGAAGUUGGAUGUCGAUGUGUCCGUGCCUCAACCUGAAAUUGAUGUUUCAGCUCCAGGAAUGUCAGUGGACAUUAACACUCCAUCAGCUGACAUUGAUGUGCCAGCAGUUGAUGUUGAUUUAGAUUCAGCAGAUCUGAAGUUGAAAGGUGAGGGAGCAAAGUUCAAAAUGCCAUCCAUGAAAAUACCAUCAUUUGGUAUUUCUCUUCCAAAGUUCAAAGGACCGGAUGUUGAUGUGAAUGUGAGCAAGCCAGAUGUUGAUAUUUCAGUUGAAAAACCAGAGAUAGACAUUAAAGGUCCUAAAAUUGAUGUAAAAACACCAAAACUAGAAGGUGAUCUGCAGGCACCGGAUGUGGGCAUUCAAGUUAAAGGUGGUAAAAUGAAACUGCCCAAAUUCAAAACACCCAAAUUCAGAUUGUCCACUCCCGAUAUAAUAGCUCCAAAUGUGGACCUAGAUAUAAAUCUCCCGAAAGCUGAUGUCUCAUUAGAGAAACCUGACGUUGAUAUCAAAGUACCGAGUGUUGACGUCUCAGCAGGCAAGAUGGAAGGUGAUCUUAGUCUUGGGAAGAUCGACAUCAAAGGUCCUGAUGUCGGUCUAAAACUGCCUGAAGUGAAAAAACCAAAAGUCGAUGUUGAAAUGCCAAAAGUGAAAGGGAAGUUGGAUGUCGAUGUGUCCGUGCCUCAACCUGAAAUUGAUGUUUCAGCUCCAGGAAUGUCUGUGGACAUUAAACCUCCAUCAGCUGAUAUUGAUGUGCCAGCAGUUGAUGUUGAUUUAGAUUCAGCAGAUCUGAAGUUGAAAGGUGAGGGAGCAAAGUUCAAAAUGCCGUCCAUGAAAUUACCAUCAUUUGGUAUUUCUCUUCCAAAGUUCAAAGGACCUGAUGUUGAUGUGAAUGUGAGCAAGCCAGAUGUUGAUAUUACAGUUGAAAAACCAGAUAUAGACAUUAAAGGUCCUAAAAUGGAUUUAAAAACACCAAAACUAGAAGGAGAUCUGCGGGCACCGGAUGUUGACAUUGAAGUUAAAGGUGGUAAAAUGAAAAUGCCCAAAUUCAAACCUCCAAAAUUUGGAUUUCCCACUCCCGAUAUAAAAGCUCCAAAAGUGGACCUAGAUAUAAAUCUCUCGAAAGCUGCUGUCUCACUAGAGAAACCUGACGUUGAUAUCAAUGUACCGAGUGUUGACGUCUCAGCAGGUAAGAUGGAAGGUGAUCUUAGUCUUGGGAAGAUCGACAUCAAAGGUCCUGAUGUCGGUCUAAAACUGCCUGAAGUGAAAAAACCAAAAGUCGAUGUUGAAAUGCCAAAAGUGAAAGGGAUGUUGGAUGUCGAUGUGUCCGUGCCUCAACCUGAAAUUGAUGUUUCAGCUCCAGGAAUGUCUGUGGACAUUAAACCUCCAUCAGCUGACAUUGAUGUGCCAGCAGUUGAUGUUGAUUUAGAUUCAGCAGAUCUGAAGUUGAAAGGUGAGGGAGCAAAGUUCAAAAUGCCAUCCAUGAAAAUACCAUCAUUUGGUAUUUCUCUUCCAAAGUUCAAAGGACCGGAUGUUGAUGUGAAUGUGAGCAAGCCAGAUGUUGAUAUUACAGUUGAAAAACCAGAGAUAGACAUUAAAGGUCCUAAAAUUGAUGUAAAAACACCAAAACUAGAAGGUGAUCUGCAGGCACCGGAUGUUGACAUUGAAGUUAAAGGUGGUAAAAUGAAAAUGCCCAAAUUCAAAACUCCCAAAUUCGAAUUGUCCACUCCCGAUAUAAAAGCUCCAAAUGUGAACCUAGACAUAAAUCUUCCCAAAGCUGAUGUCUCACUCGAGAAACCUGAUGUGGAUAUCAAAGUACCGAGUGUUGAUGUCUCAGCAGGCAAGAUGGAAGGUGAUCUUAGUCUUGGGAAGAUCGGCAUCAAAGGUCCUGAUGUCGGUCUAAAACUGGCUGAAGUGGAAAAACCAAAAGUCGAUGUUAAAAUGCCAAAAGUGAAAGGGAAGUUGGAUGUCGAUAUGUCCAUGCCUAAAACUGAAAUAGAUGUUUCAGCUCCAGGAAUGUCAGUGGACAUUAAACCUCCAUCAGCUGACAUUGAUGUGCCAGCAGUUGAUGUUGAUUUAGAUUCAGCAGAUCUGAAGUUGAAAGGUGAGGGAGCAAAGUUCAAAUUGCCAUCCAUGAAAAUACCAUCAUUUGGUAUUUCUGUUCCAAAGUUCAAAGGACCGGAUGUUGAUGUGAAUGUGAGCAAGCCAGAUGUUGAUAUUUCAGUUGAAAAACCAGAGAUAGACAUUAAAGGUCCUAAAAUUGAUGUAAAAACACCAAAACUAGAAGGUGAUCUGCAGGCACCGGAUGUGGGCAUUGAAGUUAAAGGUGGUAAAAUGAAACUGCCCAAAUUCAAAACACCCAAAUUCAGAUUGUCCACUCCCGAUAUAAAAGCUCCAAAAGUGGACCUAGAUAUAAAUCUCCCGAAAGCUGAUGUCUCACUAGAGAAACCUGACGUUGAUAUCAAAGUACCUAGUGUUGACGUCUCAGCAGGCAAGAUGGAAGGUGAUCUUAGUCUUGGGAAGAUCGACAUCAAAGGUCCUGAUAUCGGUCUAAAACUGCCUGAAGUGGACAAACCAAAAGUCGUUGUUGAAAUGCCAAAAGUGAAAGGGAUGUUGGAUGUCGAUGUGUCCAUGCCUAAAACUGAAAUUGAUGUUUCAGCUCCAGGAAUGUCUGUGGACAUUAAACCUCCAUCAGCUGACAUUGAUGUGCCAGCAUUGAAAGGUGAGGGAGCAAAGUUCAAAAUGCCAUCCAUGAAAAUACCAUCAUUUGGUAUUUCUCUGCCAAAGUUCAAAGGACCGGAUGUUGAUGUGAAUGUGAGCAAGCCAGAUGUUGAUAUUACAGUUGAAAAACCAGAUAUAGACAUUAAAGUUCCUAAAAUGGAUUUAAAAACACCAAAACUAGAAGGUGAUCUGCAGGCACCGGAUGUUGACAUUGAAGUUAAAGGUGGUAAAAUGGAAAUGCCCAAAUUCAAAGCUCCAAAAUUUGGAUUUUCCACUCCCGAUAUAAAAGCUUCAAAGGUGGACCUAGAUAUAAAUCUUCCGAAAGCUGAUGUCUCACUAGAGAAACCUGACAUUGAUAUCAAAGUACCGAGUGUUGACGUCUCAGCAGGCAAGAUGGAAGGUGAUCUUAGUGUAGGGAAGAUCGACAUCAAAGGUCCUGAUAUCGGUCUAAAACUGCCUGAAGUGGAAAAACCAAAAGUCGAUGUUGAAAUGCCAAAAGUGAAAGGGAAGUUGGAUGUCGAUGUGUCCGUGCCUCAACCUGAAAUUGAUGUUUCAGCUCCAGGAAUGUCAGUGGACAUUAAACCUCCAUCAGCUGACAUUGAUGUGCCAGCAGUUGAUGUUGAUUUAGAUUCAGCAGAUCUGAAGUUGAAAGGUGAGGGAGCAAAGUUCAAAAUGCCAUCCAUGAAAAUACCAUCAUUUGGUAUAUCUCUUCCAACGUUCAAAGGACCGGAUGUUGAUGUGAAUGUGAGCAAGCCAGAUGUUGAUAUUACAGUUGAAAAACCAGAGAUAGACAUUAAAGGUCCUAAAAUUGAUGUAAAAACACCAAAACUAGAAGGUGAUCUGCAGGCACCGGAUGUUGACAUUGAAGUUAAAGGUGGUAAAAUGAAACUGCCCAAAUUCAAAACUCCCAAAUUCGGAUUGUCCACACCCGAUAUAAAAGCUCCAAAAGUGGACCUAGACAUAAAUCUUCCCAAAGCUGAUGUCUCACUCGAGAAACCUGAUGUGGAUAUCAAAGUACCGAGUGUUGAUGUCUCAGCAGGCAAGAUGGAAGGUGAUCUUAGUCUUGGGAAGAUCGACAUCAAAAGUCCUGAUGUCGGUCUAAAACUGCCGGAAGUGAAAAAACCAAAAGUCGAUGUUGAAAUGCCAAAAGUGAAAGGGAAGUUGGAUGUCGAUGUGUCCCUGCCUAAAACUGAAAUUGAUGUUUCAGCUCCAGGAAUGUCAGUGGACAUUAAACCUCCAUCAGCUGACAUUGAUGUGCCAGCAGUUGAUGUUGAUUUAGAUUCAGCAGAUCUGAAGUUGAAAGGUGAGGGAGCAAAGUUCAAAAUGCCAUUCAUGAAAAUACCAUCAUUUGGUAUUUCUCUUCCAAAGUUCAAAGGACCGGAUGUUGAUGUGAAUGUGAGCAAGCCAGAUGUUGAUAUUUCAGUUGAAAAACCAGAGAUAGACAUUAAAGGUCCUAAAAUUGAUGUAAAAACACCAAAACUAGAAGGUGAUCUGCAGGCACCGGAUGUGGGCAUUGAAGUUAAAGGUGGUAAAAUGAAACUGCCCAAAUUCAAAACUCCCAAAUUCAGAUUGUCCACUCCCGAUAUAAAAGCUCCAAAAGUGGACCUAGAUAUAAAUCUCCCGAAAGCUGAUGUCUCACUAGAGAAACCUGACGUUGAUAUCAAAGUACCGAGUGUUGACGUCUCAGUAGGCAAGAUGGAAGGUGAUCUUAGUCUUGGGAAGAUCGACAUCAAAGGUCCUGAUAUCGGUCUAAAACUGCCUGAAGUGGACAAACCAAAAGUCGAUGUUGAAAUACCAAAAGUGAAAGGGAAGUUGGAUGUCGAUGUGUCCGUGCCUCAACCUGAAAUUGAUGUUUCAGCUCCAGGAAUGUCAGUGGACAUUAAACCUCCAUCAGCUGAUAUUGAUGUGCCAGCAGUUGAUGUUGAUUUAGUUUCAGCAGAUCUGAAGUUGAAAGGUGAGGGAGCAAAGUUCAAAAUGCCAUCCAUGAAAAUACCAUCAUUUGGUAUUUCUCUUCCAAAGUUCAAAGGACCGGAUGUUGAUGUGAAUGUGAGCAAGCCAGAUGUUGAUAUUUCAGUUGAAAAACCAGAGAUAGACAUUAAAGGUCCUAAAAUUGAUGUAAAAACACCAAAACUAGAAGGUGAUCUGCAGGCACCGGAUGUUGACAUUGAAGUUAAAGGUGGUAAAAUGAAAAUGCCCAAAUUCAAAGCUCCAAAAUUUGGAUUUUCCACUCCCGAUAUAAAAGCUCCAAACGUGGAUCUAGAUAUAAAUCUCCCAAAAGCUGAUGUCUCACUAGAGAAACCUGACGUGGAUAUCAAAGUUCCGAGUGUUGACGUCUCAGCAGGCAAGAUGGAAGGUGAUCUUAGUGUAGGGAAGAUCGACAUCAAAGGUCCUGAUAUCGGUCUAAAACUGCCUGAAGUGAAAAAACCAAAAGUCGAUGUUGAAAUGCCAAAAGUGAAAGGGAUGUUGGAUGUCGAUGUGUCCGUGCCUCAACCUGAAAUUGAUGUUUCAGCUCCAGGAAUGUCUGUGGACAUUAACACUCCAUCAGCUGACAUUGAUGUGCCAGCAUUGAAAGGUGAGGGAGCAAAGUUCAAAAUGCCAUCCAUGAAAAUACCAUCAUUUGAUGUUGAUAUUUCAGUUGAAAAACCAGAGAUAGACAUUAAAGGUCCUAAAAUUGAUGUAAAAACACCAAAACUAGAAGGUGAUCUGCAGGCACCGGAUGUGGGCAUUCAAGUUAAAGGUGGUAAAAUGAAACUGCCCAAAUUCAAAACACCCAAAUUCAGAUUGUCCACUCCCGAUAUAAAAGCUCCAAAAGUGGACCUAGAUAUAAAUCUCCCGAAAGCUGAUGUCUCACUAGAAAAACCUGACGUUGAUAUCAAAGUACCUAGUGUUGACGUCUCAGCAGGCAAGAUGGAAGGUGAUCUUAGUCUUGGGAAGAUCGACAUCAAAGGUCCUGAUAUCGGUCUAAAACUGCCUGAAGUGGACAAACCAAAAGUCGUUGUUGAAAUGCCAAAAGUGAAAGGGAUGUUGGAUGUCGAUGUGUCCAUGCCUAAAACUGAAAUUGAUGUUUCAGCUCCAGGAAUGUCUGUGGACAUUAAACCUCCAUCAGCUGACAUUGAUGUGCCAGCAGUUGAUGUUGAUUUAGAUUCAGCAGAUCUGAAGUUGAAAGGUGAGGGAGCAAAGUUCAAAAUGCCAUCCAUGAAAAUACCAUCAUUUGGUAUUUCUCUUCCAAAGUUCAAAGGACCGGAUGUUGAUGUGAAUGUGAGCAAGCCAGAUGUUGAUAUUACAGUUGAAAAACCAGAGAUAGACAUUAAAGUUCCUAAAAUGGAUUUAAAAACACCAAAACUAGAAGGUGAUCUGCAGGCACCGGAUGUUGACAUUGAAGUUAAAGGUGGUAAAAUGGAAAUGCCCAAAUUCAAAGCUCCAAAAUUUGGAUUUUCCACUCCCGAUAUAAAAGCUUCAAAGGUGGACCUAGAUAUAAAUCUUCCGAAAGCUGAUGUCUCACUAGAGAAACCUGACAUUGAUAUCAAAGUACCGAGUGUUGACGUCUCAGCAGGCAAGAUGGAAGGUGAUCUUAGUGUAGGGAAGAUCGACAUCAAAGGUCCUGAUAUCGGUCUAAAACUGCCUGAAGUGGAAAAACCAAAAGUCGAUGUUGAAAUGCCAAAAGUGAAAGGGAAGUUGGAUGUCGAUGUGUCCGUGCCUCAACCUGAAAUUGAUGUUUCAGCUCCAGGAAUGUCAGUGGACAUUAAACCUCCAUCAGCUGACAUUGAUGUGCCAGCAGUUGAUGUUGAUUUAGAUUCAGCAGAUCUGAAGUUGAAAGGUGAGGGAGCAAAGUUCAAAAUGCCAUCCAUGAAAAUACCAUCAUUUGGUAUUUCUCUUCCAACGUUCAAAGGACCGGAUGUUGAUGUGAAUGUGAGCAAGCCAGAUGUUGAUAUUACAGUUGAAAAACCAGAGAUAGACAUUAAAGGUCCUAAAAUUGAUGUAAAAACACCAAAACUAGAAGGUGAUCUGCAGGCACCGGAUGUUGACAUUGAAGUUAAAGGUGGUAAAAUGAAACUGCCCAAAUUCAAAACUCCCAAAUUCGGAUUGUCCACACCCGAUAUAAAAGCUCCAAAAGUGGACCUAGACAUAAAUCUUCCCAAAGCUGAUGUCUCACUCGAGAAACCUGAUGUGGAUAUCAAAGUACCGAGUGUUGAUGUCUCAGCAGGCAAGAUGGAAGGUGAUCUUAGUCUUGGGAAGAUCGACAUCAAAAGUCCUGAUGUCGGUCUAAAACUGCCGGAAGUGAAAAAACCAAAAGUCGAUGUUGAAAUGCCAAAAGUGAAAGGGAAGUUGGAUGUCGAUGUGUCCCUGCCUAAAACUGAAAUUGAUGUUUCAGCUCCAGGAAUGUCAGUGGACAUUAAACCUCCAUCAGCUGACAUUGAUGUGCCAGCAGUUGAUGUUGAUUUAGAUUCAGCAGAUCUGAAGUUGAAAGGUGAGGGAGCAAAGUUCAAAAUGCCAUUCAUGAAAAUACCAUCAUUUGGUAUUUCUCUUCCAAAGUUCAAAGGACCGGAUGUUGAUGUGAAUGUGAGCAAGCCAGAUGUUGAUAUUUCAGUUGAAAAACCAGAGAUAGACAUUAAAGGUCCUAAAAUUGAUGUAAAAACACCAAAACUAGAAGGUGAUCUGCAGGCACCGGAUGUGGGCAUUGAAGUUAAAGGUGGUAAAAUGAAACUGCCCAAAUUCAAAACUCCCAAAUUCAGAUUGUCCACUCCCGAUAUUAAAGCUCCAAAAGUGGACCUAGAUAUAAAUCUCCCGAAAGCUGAUGUCUCACUAGAGAAACAUGACGUUGAUAUCAAAGUACCGAGUGUUGACGUCUCAGCAGGCAAGAUGGAAGGUGAUCUUAGUCUUGGGAAGAUCGACAUCAAAGGUCCUGAUAUCGGUCUAAAACUGCCUGAAGUGGACAAACCAAAAGUCGUUGUUGAAAUGCCAAAAGUGAAAGGGAUGUUGGAUGUCGAUGUGUCCAUGCCUAAAACUGAAAUUGAUGUUUCAGCUCCAGGAAUGUCUGUGGACAUUAAACCUCCAUCAGCUGACAUUGAUGUGCCAGCAGUUGAUGUUGAUUUAGAUUCAGCAGAUCUGAAGUUGAAAGGUGAGGGAGCAAAGUUCAAAAUGCCAUCCAUGAAAAUACCAUCAUUUGGUAUUUCUCUUCCAAAGUUCAAAGGACCGGAUGUUGAUGUGAAUGUGAGCAAGCCAGAUGUUGAUAUUACAGUUGAAAAACCAGAUAUAGACAUUAAAGUUCCUAAAAUGGAUUUAAAAACACCAAAACUAGAAGGUGAUCUGCAGGCACCGGAUGUUGACAUUGAAGUUAAAGGUGGUAAAAUGGAAAUGCCCAAAUUCAAAGCUCCAAAAUUUGGAUUUUCCACUCCCGAUAUAAAAGCUCCAAAAGUGGACCUAGAUAUAAAUCUUCCGAAAGCUGAUGUCUCACUAGAGAAACCUGACAUUGAUAUCAAAGUACCGAGUGUUGACGUCUCAGCAGGCAAGAUGGAAGGUGAUCUUAGUGUAGGGAAGAUCGACAUCAAAGGUCCUGAUAUCGGUCUAAAACUGCCUGAAGUGGAAAAACCAAAAGUCGAUGUUGAAAUUCCAAAAGUGAAAGGGAAGUUGGAUGUCGAUGUGUCCGUGCCUCAACCUGAAAUUGAUGUUUCAGCUCCAGGAAUGUCAGUGGACAUUAAACCUCCAUCAGCUGACAUUGAUGUGCCAGCAGUUGAUGUUGAUUUAGAUUCAGCAGAUCUGAAGUUGAAAGGUGAGGGAGCAAAGUUCAAAAUGCCAUCCAUGAAAAUACCAUCAUUUGGUAUUUCUCUUCCAACGUUCAAAGGACCGGAUGUUGAUAUAGACAUUAAAGGUCCUAAAAUUGAUGUAAAAACACCAAAACUAGAAGGUGAUCUGCAGGCACCGGAUGUUGACAUUGAAGUUAAAGGUGGUAAAAUGAAACUGCCCAAAUUCAAAACUCCCAAAUUCGGAUUGUCCACACCCGAUAUAAAAGCUCCAAAAGUGGACCUAGACAUAAAUCUUCCCAAAGCUGAUGUCUCACUCGAGAAACCUGAUGUGGAUAUCAAAGUACCGAGUGUUGAUGUCUCAGCAGGCAAGAUGGAAGGUGAUCUUAGUCUUGGGAAGAUCGACAUCAAAGGUCCUGAUGUCGGUCUAAAACUGCCUGAAGUGAAAAAACCAAAAGUCGAUGUUGAAAUGCCAAAAGUGAAAGGGAAGUUGGAUGUCGAUGUGUCCCUGCCUAAAACUGAAAUUGAUGUUUCAGCUCCAGGAAUGUCAGUGGACAUUAAACCUCCAUCAGCUGACAUUGAUGUGCCAGCAGUUGAUGUUGAUUUAGAUUCAGCAGAUCUGAAGUUGAAAGGUGAGGGAGCAAAGUUCAAAAUGCCAUUCAUGAAAAUACCAUCAUUUGGUAUUUCUCUUCCAAAGUUCAAAGGACCGGAUGUUGAUGUGAAUGUGAGCAAGCCAGAUGUUGAUAUUUCAGUUGAAAAACCAGAGAUAGACAUUAAAGGUCCUAAAAUUGAUGUAAAAACACCAAAACUAGAAGGUGAUCUGCAGGCACCGGAUGUGGGCAUUGAAGUUAAAGGUGGUAAAAUGAAACUGCCCAAAUUCAAAACUCCCAAAUUCAGAUUGUCCACUCCCGAUAUAAAAGCUCCAAAAGUGGACCUAGAUAUAAAUCUCCCGAAAGCUGAUGUCUCACUAGAGAAACAUGACGUUGAUAUCAAAGUACCGAGUGUUGACGUCUCAGCAGGCAAGAUGGAAGGUGAUCUUAGUCUUGGGAAGAUCGACAUCAAAGGUCCUGAUAUCGGUCUAAAACUGCCUGAAGUGGACAAACCAAAAGUCGAUGUUGAAAUACCAAAAGUGAAAGGGAAGUUGGAUGUCGAUGUGUCCGUGCCUCAACCUGAAAUUGAUGUUUCAGCUCCAGGAAUGUCAGUGGACAUUAAACCUCCAUCAGCUGAUAUUGAUGUGCCAGCAGUUGAUGUUGAUUUAGUUUCAGCAGAUCUGAAGUUGAAAGGUGAGGGAGCAAAGUUCAAAAUGCCAUCCAUGAAAAUACCAUCAUUUGGUAUUUCUCUUCCAAAGUUCAAAGGACCGGAUGUUGAUGUGAAUGUGAGCAAGCCAGAUGUUGAUAUUUCAGUUGAAAAACCAGAGAUAGACAUUAAAGGUCCUAAAAUUGAUGUAAAAACACCAAAACCAGAAGGUGAUCUGCAGGCACCGGAUGUUGACAUUGAAGUUAAAGGUGGUAAAAUGAAAAUGCCCAAAUUCAAAGCUCCAAAAUUUGGAUUUUCCACUCCCGAUAUAAAAGCUCCAAACGUGGAUCUAGAUAUAAAUCUCCCGAAAGCUGAUGUCUCACUAGAGAAACCUGACGUUGAUAUCAAAGUACCUAGUGUUGACGUCUCAGCAGGCAAGAUGGAAGGUGAUCUUAGUCUUGGGAAGAUCGACAUCAAAGGUCCUGAUAUCGGUCUAAAACUGCCUGAAGUGGAAAAACCAAAAGUCGUUGUUGAAAUGCCAAAAGUGAAAGGGAUGUUGGAUGUCGAUGUGUCCAUGCCUAAAACUGAAAUUGAUGUUUCAGCUCCAGGAAUGUCUGUGGACAUUAAACCUCCAUCAGCUGACAUUGAUGUGCCAGCAGUUGAUGUUGAUUUAGAUUCAGCAGAUCUGAAGUUGAAAGGUGAGGGAGCAAAGUUCAAAAUGCCAUCCAUGAAAAUACCAUCAUUUGGUAUUUCUCUUCCAACGUUCAAAGGACCGGAUGUUGAUGUGAAUGUGAGCAAGCCAGAUGUUGAUAUUACAGUUGAAAAACCAGAGAUAGACAUUAAAGGUCCUAAAAUUGAUGUAAAAACACCAAAACUAGAAGGUGAUCUGCAGGCACCGGAUGUUGACAUUGAAGUUAAAGGUGGUAAAAUGAAACUGCCCAAAUUCAAAACUCCCAAAUUCGGAUUGUCCACACCCGAUAUAAAAGCUCCAAAAGUGGACCUAGACAUAAAUCUUCCCAAAGCUGAUGUCUCACUCGAGAAACCUGAUGUGGAUAUCAAAGUACCGAGUGUUGAUGUCUCAGCAGGCAAGAUGGAAGGUGAUCUUAGUCUUGGGAAGAUCGACAUCAAAGGUCCUGAUGUCGGUCUAAAACUGCCGGAAGUGAAAAAACCAAAAGUCGAUGUUGAAAUGCCAAAAGUGAAAGGGAAGUUGGAUGUCGAUGUGUCCCUGCCUAAAACUGAAAUUGAUGUUUCAGCUCCAGGAAUGUCAGUGGACAUUAAACCUCCAUCAGCUGAUAUUGAUGUGCCAGCAGUUGAUGUUGAUUUAGAUUCAGCAGAUCUGAAGUUGAAAGGUGAGGGAGCAAAGUUCAAAAUGCCAUUCAUGAAAAUACCAUCAUUUGGUAUUUCUCUUCCAAAGUUCAAAGGACCGGAUGUUGAUGUGAAUGUGAGCAAGCCAGAUGUUGAUAUUUCAGUUGAAAAACCAGAGAUAGACAUUAAAGGUCCUAAAAUUGAUGUAAAAACACCAAAACUAGAAGGUGAUCUGCAGGCACCGGAUGUGGGCAUUGAAGUUAAAGGUGGUAAAAUGAAACUGCCCAAAUUCAAAACUCCCAAAUUCAGAUUGUCCACUCCCGAUAUAAAAGCUCCAAAAGUGGACCUAGAUAUAAAUCUCCCGAAAGCUGAUGUCUCACUAGAGAAACAUGACGUUGAUAUCAAAGUACCGAGUGUUGACGUCUCAGCAGGCAAGAUGGAAGGUGAUCUUAGUCUUGGGAAGAUCGACAUCAAAGGUCCUGAUAUCGGUCUAAAACUGCCUGAAGUGGACAAACCAAAAGUCGAUGUUGAAAUACCAAAAGUGAAAGGGAAGUUGGAUGUCGAUGUGUCCGUGCCUCAACCUGAAAUUGAUGUUUCAGCUCCAGGAAUGUCAGUGGACAUUAAACCUCCAUCAGCUGAUAUUGAUGUGCCAACAGUUGAUGUUGAUUUAGUUUCAGCAGAUCUGAAGUUGAAAGGUGAGGGAGCAAAGUUCAAAAUGCCAUCCAUGAAAAUACCAUCAUUUGGUAUUUCUCUUCCAAAGUUCAAAGGACCGGAUGUUGAUGUGAAUGUGAGCAAGCCAGAUGUUGAUAUUUCAGUUGAAAAACCAGAGAUAGACAUUAAAGGUCCUAAAAUUGAUGUAAAAACACCAAAACCAGAAGGUGAUCUGCAGGCACCGGAUGUUGACAUUGAAGUUAAAGGUGGUAAAAUGAAAAUGCCCAAAUUCAAAGCUCCAAAAUUUGGAUUUUCCACUCCCGAUAUAAAAGCUCCAAACGUGGAUCUAGAUAUAAAUCUCCCGAAAGCUGAUGUCUCACUAGAGAAACCUGACGUUGAUAUCAAAGUACCUAGUGUUGACGUCUCAGCAGGCAAGAUGGAAGGUGAUCUUAGUCUUGGGAAGAUCGACAUCAAAGGUCCUGAUAUCGGUCUAAAACUGCCUGAAGUGGAAAAACCAAAAGUCGUUGUUGAAAUGCCAAAAGUGAAAGGGAUGUUGGAUGUCGAUGUGUCCAUGCCUAAAACUGAAAUUGAUGUUUCAGCUCCAGGAAUGUCUGUGGACAUUAAACCUCCAUCAGCUGACAUUGAUGUGCCAGCAGUUGAUGUUGAUUUAGAUUCAGUAGAUCUGAAGUUGAAAGGUGAGGGAGCAAAGUUCAAAAUGCCAUCCAUGAAAAUACCAUCAUUUGGUAUUUCUCUGCCAAAGUUCAAAGGACCGGAUGUUGAUGUGAAUGUGAGCAAGCCAGAUGUUGAUAUUACAGUUGAAAAACCAGAUAUAGACAUUAAAGUUCCUAAAAUGGAUUUAAAAACACCAAAACUAGAAGGUGAUCUGCAGGCACCGGAUGUUGACAUUGAAGUUAAAGGUGGUAAAAUGGAAAUGCCCAAAUUCAAAGCUCCAAAAUUUGGAUUUUCCACUCCCGAUAUAAAAGCUUCAAAAGUGGACCUAGAUAUAAAUCUUCCGAAAGCUGAUGUCUCACUAGAGAAACCUGACAUUGAUAUCAAAGUACCGAGUGUUGACGUCUCAGCAGGCAAGAUGGAAGGUGAUCUUAGUGUAGGGAAGAUCGACAUCAAAGGUCCUGAUAUCGGUCUAAAACUGCCUGAAGUGGAAAAACCAAAAGUCGAUGUUGAAAUGCCAAAAGUGAAAGGGAAGUUGGAUGUCGAUGUGUCCGUGCCUCAACCUGAAAUUGAUGUUUCAGCUCCAGGAAUGUCAGUGGACAUUAAACCUCCAUCAGCUGACAUUGAUGUGCCAGCAGUUGAUGUUGAUUUAGAUUCAGCAGAUCUGAAGUUGAAAGGUGAGGGAGCAAAGUUCAAAAUGCCAUCCAUGAAAAUACCAUCAUUUGGUAUUUCUCUUCCAACGUUCAAAGGACCGGAUGUUGAUGUGAAUGUGAGCAAGCCAGAUGUUGAUAUUACAGUUGAAAAACCAGAGAUAGACAUUAAAGGUCCUAAAAUUGAUGUAAAAACACCAAAACUAGAAGGUGAUCUGCAGGCACCGGAUGUUGACAUUGAAGUUAAAGGUGGUAAAAUGAAACUGCCCAAAUUCAAAACUCCCAAAUUCGGAUUGUCCACACCCGAUAUAAAAGCUCCAAAAGUGGACCUAGACAUAAAUCUUCCCAAAGCUGAUGUCUCACUCGAGAAACCUGAUGUGGAUAUCAAAGUACCGAGUGUUGAUGUCUCAGCAGGCAAGAUGGAAGGUGAUCUUAGUCUUGGGAAGAUCGACAUCAAAGGUCCUGAUGUCGGUCUAAAACUGCCGGAAGUGAAAAAACCAAAAGUCGAUGUUGAAAUGCCAAAAGUGAAAGGGAAGUUGGAUGUCGAUGUGUCCCUGCCUAAAACUGAAAUUGAUGUUUCAGCUCCAGGAAUGUCAGUGGACAUUAAACCUCCAUCAGCUGACAUUGAUGUGCCAGCAGUUGAUGUUGAUUUAGAUUCAGCAGAUCUGAAGUUGAAAGGUGAGGGAGCAAAGUUCAAAAUGCCAUUCAUGAAAAUACCAUCAUUUGGUAUUUCUCUUCCAAAGUUCAAAGGACCGGAUGUUGAUGUGAAUGUGAGCAAGCCAGAUGUUGAUAUUUCAGUUGAAAAACCAGAGAUAGACAUUAAAGGUCCUAAAAUUGAUGUAAAAACACCAAAACUAGAAGGUGAUCUGCAGGCACCGGAUGUGGGCAUUGAAGUUAAAGGUGGUAAAAUGAAACUGCCCAAAUUCAAAACUCCCAAAUUCAGAUUGUCCACUCCCGAUAUAAAAGCUCCAAAAGUGGACCUAGAUAUAAAUCUCCCGAAAGCUGAUGUCUCACUAGAGAAACCUGACGUUGAUAUCAAAGUACCGAGUGUUGACGUCUCAGCAGGCAAGAUGGAAGGUGAUCUUAGUCUUGGGAAGAUCGACAUCAAAGGUCCUGAUAUCGGUCUAAAACUGCCUGAAGUGGACAAACCAAAAGUCGAUGUUGAAAUACCAAAAGUGAAAGGGAAGUUGGAUGUCGAUGUGUCCGUGCCUCAACCUGAAAUUGAUGUUUCAGCUCCAGGAAUGUCAGUGGACAUUAAACCUCCAUCAGCUGAUAUUGAUGUGCCAGCAGUUGAUGUUGAUUUAGUUUCAGCAGAUCUGAAGUUGAAAGGUGAGGGAGCAAAGUUCAAAAUGCCAUCCAUGAAAAUACCAUCAUUUGGUAUUUCUCUUCCAAAGUUCAAAGGACCGGAUGUUGAUGUGAAUGUGAGCAAGCCAGAUGUUGAUAUUACAGUUGAAAAACCAGAGAUAGACGUUAAAGGUCCUAAAAUUGAUUUAAAAACACCAAAACCAGAAGGUGAUCUGCAGGCACCGGAUGUUGACAUUGAAGUUAAAGGUGGUAUAAUGAAAAUGCCCAAAUUCAAACCUCCAAAAUUUGGAUUUUCCACUCCCGAUAUAAAAGCUCCAAAAGUGGACCUAGAUAUAAAUCUCCCAAAAGCUGAUGUCUCACUAGAGAAACCUGACGUGGAUAUCAAAGUACCAAGUGUUGACGUCACUGCAGGCAAGAUGGAAGGUGAUCUUAGUGUAGGGAAGAUUGACAUCAAAGGUCCUGAUGUCGGUCUAAAACUGCCUGAAGUGGACAAACCAAAAGUCGAUGUUGAAAUGCCAAAAGUGAAAGGGAUGUUGAAUGUCGAUGUGUCCGUGCCUAAAACUGAAAUUGAUGUUUCAGCUCCAGGAAUGUCUGUGGACAUUAAACCUCCAUCAGCUGAUAUUGAUGUGCCAGCAGUUGAUGUUGAUUUAGAUUCAGCAGAUCUGAAGUUGAAAGGUGAGGGAGCAAAGUUCAAAAUGCCAUCCAUGAAAAUACCAUCAUUUGGUAUUUCUCUUCCAAAGUUCAAAGGACCGGAUGUUGAUGUGAAUGUGAGCAAGCCAGAUGUUGAUAUUUCAGUUCAAAAAUCUGAGAUAGGCAUUAAAGUUCCAAUGAUUGACGUAGAAACUCCAAAACUAGAAGAUGAUCUGCAGGCACCGGAUGUUGACAUUAAAGUUAAAGGUGGUAAAAUGAAACUGCCCAAAUUCAAAACUCCCAAAUUCAGAUUGUCCACUCCCGAUAUAAAAGCUCCAAAAGUGGACCUAGACAUGAAUCUUCCCAAAGCUGAUGUCUCACUCAAGAAUCCUGAUGUGGAUAUCAAAGUACCGAGUGUUGAUGUCUCAGCAGGCAAGAUGGAAGGUGAUCUUAGUCUUGGGAAGAUUGACAUCAAAGGUCCUGAUAUCGGUCUAAAACUGCCUGAAGUGGAAAAACCAAAAGUCGAUGUUGAAAUGCCAAAAGUGAAAGGGAAAUUGGAUGUCGAUGUGUCCGUGCCUCAACCUGAAAUUGAUGUUUCAGCUCCAGGAAUGUCAGUGGACAUUAACACUCCAUCAACUGGCAUGCAUCUGCCAACAGUUGAUGUGGAUUUAGGAUCAGCAGAUCCAAAGAUGAAAGAUGAUGGUGCAAGGUUAGAAUUUCCACCUGUGAAAAUAACUUCUUUCGGUGUAUCUCUUCCAAAAUGCACAGGCCCUGAAGUUGAUAUGACUGUGGGCAAGCCAGAUGUCAAUAUUUCAGUUGAAAAGCGAGAGAUCGACAUUGAAAGAUUGAAAGUUGAUGUGGCUGCUCCAGAAUGUGAAGAUGGUGUAGAGGCAGGUGAUGUUGCCAUUGCAGGGAAAGGAGAAAAAUUUUACAUACCAAAAUUUAAAGCAAUAAAGUUUGGUGUUUCAACAUCUGGGAUGAAAUCUUCUAAUACGAAUGCUGAUAUUAGUGUUGCUCCAGUUGACAUUCCACUUUCAAAAACUGACCUUGUUCAGAAUGAGCCAAGCAUAGACAUGAAAGUAGGAACAGUGGAAGGUCAGCACAAUGUCGCAGCUUUUGAUUUCAAGCAUGUUGAUGCCCAUCUGAAAAUGCCUGAGGAUCAAUGUUCACAAAUCAGUACUGGUGAUCCAGAAACAAAAGGGAAAAUUGAUGCUGAUACAUUGAUGCCCAAGACUCAACUUGAUGUUUCAGCUCCUGAAAUGUCAGUGGACACUAAAGCUCCAGCACUAUUUUCUAUUUCAUUUUCAAAGUUUAAAUUUCCAGAUGUCGACUUUACAUCAGAAACAAAAGAGAAAGAUGUAUCACUAACUGAAGAUUCUGAUUUUCCCAAGGCGCUGACAAAAGAAUCAGGUCAAUCAGUUCAAGGAAAGUCUUGUGAGCAAUCAAAUAAAACAGCUCCUGAACUGAAAGGUGAAAGGGGUGCUGAACUGACAACAACAGAUGAAAGUUCUCCAUCAAAGGGGAGGACAAGUUGGUUUAAAUUUCCAAAAAUUAACUUUUCCUCACCAUGGAAGAAAGGAAAAGCCGCUGAUGAUGAAAAACAUACUGCGCAUGAAUUUCCAACUUCUAGCACAGAACCAGUAAUUGAUGUAAAAUCUGAUGGCCAGGAUUUUUUACCUAGCAGGCCUACAGAUGAAGUAUCACCAGCAACAAUGCCUACAUCAAAAGAAGUAGUGGUUGGGGAUACUGAUGAUGGCACAACUCAAAUAGUAACAAUGAAAUCUAAAGAUCCUGAUACCAUAGCUGGAGGCGCAUACGUGGUAACACCCAGUCAAGUUGUGACAUCAACCGCCAGAACUGAGCUUGCCUUACUGGAAUCAGGCGAUUUCAGGAUAAAUGUCCAAGCAACCAAAACAAGUAAACCAGAACCUUCUCAUCAAGGCCAUGUUCCAAUCUGUGAAACUUCAUCUGAGCCUCAUCAAGUUAUUCUGACUGGAACCAAAAUUACAAAAUCAAAUGAUAAACAAAGCACCCCAAAACCAGGAAUCCUUCAAAGUUUUAACCUACCAAUAUCCCCACCACCUGAAGGCACAACACACACACAUCCAACAGAACAUUCCACAGUUGUCACCAAAGAAUCGCUCAUUGAAGAACAAGCUGCCAGUGGGACAGCUGAAUUGUCUGAAUUCCACUUUCCCAAAUCAGAUGGCACUGUAUCUGCCACCCUUACUAAGAAAUAUACCAAAACAGGAGGAACUGUAGUUGUCUUAACUGAGCGUUCCGUAUUACAAAGAGAUAUCGCUCCUGGAGCAAUGGCUACUGAUGAUACAUCGGCUGUUUUUGUAAGAAUGGGAGAAAUGAUUCAAAGUGAACAAAAACAGUUCUCUGAAAUAUCUCAACCUCCAUCUGUUUCCAUCUCUAUAAGCAAGUCUGAGACAAAAGAAAUUAAAAAGCCAACAACUAAGGAAUAAACAUGCAUGGACAGCUUUAUUCAUAAUGGUGAUAUGAUGCUUUUACACAGUGGUUACCUUUGCUGUUUCCUGUAUUUAACUAAAUAAGUAUUUGAUUAUUCCAUGCAAGAGAGGUGUUUUACAGAGCAAUAAGGACAUUUCAUUUUGCACUGAGUGUUAAAGAUCACAAUUUCAAACUAUGAUGAACUUGCUUCAAUAACAAAUUCAGAAUUAAAAAUAAAAUGCAGCAAAUUAUACAUCAUUUUGCAUAUUUUUGUCUAUAGGCUGCUCAAAAGUUAUGUUUGAUUCAAAUAUAAUGGGGACAAUAUUCAUGCCUUUAAAUCACUAUUUGGUGGCGCACACCUUACCUAUGGUUUUCAGUCAGAUAAGAAUGGUAACUUUAUGCCUUCACAUAACUUAAUCCUUUCUGAAUAAUCAUUUGCAUAGCUAGUAUCAUUAAACUUAAGUGUUAAUAAGGAUUACAAUCUCAAUAUGAUUUGUACUUCAAGUUUUUAGGCAGAGAUAACUGAAACAUGAAUAAACAGUAAAUAUGAAAGAAUUAAGGUUUUAUCAGAAAAGAACCUUAAACAUCGACAAUCCAUCUCCAAUGAAAAACACCUUUAACUUCAAUUAUCUGCAAGUUCGAAACAAGUAACAUUUAAGAAAUACGCCACACUGACCUAAGUAGUAUAGCAUAAGACAUACCAUAAUAAACUAUUCUCGACCUUAUCAAGCUAAGUUACAAUAAUGGUCAGGAAGGGAAUACUUUCAGUCUAAAGAAAGCAUCCAAUGCCAGCAUCAAACGUUUUCAGCUGCGGAGAUACUUUUUCCACUGAAUUAACCUCAGCAUUUAGAAACAUAUAUCACAGUGCACCAGUAAUAUAUUUUGAUUUUUGUCAUUAUUUAUCAUUGGGCCUAUCUAAGUGACAUUGUCAAUUGUUGUCAAUUUAGGAGUAAUUUCCUGCUUUUGCCCCAAGACCACUAGAUUUCAUUUCAUAUAGAAUUCUUAUAACCAGAAGGUAGAAGACACUUUCAUCACGUCUGUCUUGAAUCCAGGUCUCAGAGGGGCCUUAAUCCACUGCACUGCUCAAUUUGUACAAUAUAAUAUUUCUCCAACAAUUAUCAUGGGCUUUGUGCCAUUGAUGUAGUUCUUGGUAUACAUGAUGUCAUAAAACACAUUUAAAGCACGCAUGUGAAAAACACACAGUAAAAAUGCCACAAAUACUCAAGUAUUUAAUUCAAAAUGGCAAUCAAGCUCAGUAUAUGGAAUUCUAAUGCGUUUUUUCUCCUGGAAAUUGUAAAAAAAUGUGUCCAAAUAUGUGUGAAUAAUUUUGCUGUAAAUAUGAUUAACUGAAAUUUGCAAUCUGGAAGCUGCUGUUGAUUCAUGCCACAAUUACAGUGGAGUAUUACACAUAUGGAAUACUGAUUUCGCUUUGCUAAGUUUUCUUACAAUUGCUAACUUUGUGUAUGUAUCAUCAAUAAAAUAUCCGU